AUGGCGCGAAACAGUCGAUCGUCUGCGCGGACUUCAUCGUUCGACACAAUCUCAGCGCGUGACGCACGCGACCUUAUUUAAUCGACGCAAAUGGAAUUUUAGUCGUCUGCUAGUUAUAAAACUUUACUUUUAGAAAAACUGGUUGAUAAGUUAAUCGGCAAAUUUUUUCGAUCAAAAAAAAGUGAUUUGUUUAGGUUUUAGCGCCAGAGGGCGACAUCGGAUCUCUUCAAUCUGUCAGACGAACGUCAAAAUGCAUCCACAUGGCUCUUUCAACUGCCAAUGACGGAGACAAGAGGGAUAAAUAUUUGUUAGGAUGCAUGAAUUCUAUGAAAUCCAAGAUAGAUAGACAGAACCAUGGAUUAAAUUCUUGGCAGCAAGGUGCUCUACAGAGUAAUCAAGUUCAUACCAGUAAUUCACUAUUAAAUAGGGAUUUAUUCUGCAAUUAUGCAUCUGGAACUCUGGGAAAUAUUGGAACUAGACCAAAUUUAGAAGGAUCUGGUGAUUCUCCUAGUUAUCUUGGUUUAUCAACAUAUGCAUAUGGAUUUAAAGCUGAUACUGAACAUCAGCAGAACUUUGAAAAUCACAUUCAAAAUGGACAGUAUUCUGGAUACUCUCGUAUAAAACAUGAUUCAGAAAUACAGAAUACAAUGCCACAUCCCGAAAGACAAAAUUCCAUUGUCAAUUGUGAUCCUCAGUCUUUUUAUUCACCAUGGUCUCAUAAAGUGUUUCGGGCAUCAAAUCAAUCACCAACAAGUAAUGAUAUGCAGGUAAAAACUUAUUUAUUAUACUCUUUAAUUUAAUGCAUUUCAACAUAU